UAAUACUGGUCAUCAAAUCAAAGCACUUACUGUUUGUUCUGUCUAUAUAUACUAACUAAGAAAAGGCUUUUCACCCUCCUGAAACAGAGACAGCAACAAUGGCUACUAUCCUCAGGUUCCUCCUCUUUGCUGCACUCCUACUCCAUAUCUCUGCAGCAGGGGAGAGCCAGGGAUGCGAUCUGUCGAGCAUUCAGGUGCAGCAGAACAACACAGGGGCGAAGGUGGGCUACGACCCGGUGUUCGAGGUGGAGGUGAAGAACCAGUGCCGGUGCACCGUCACCGACGUGUUCCUACGCUCCGAGGGCUUCGCCAGCUCGAUGAUGGUCGACCCCAAGCUGUUCCGGCGGGAGGGCGUCGGCUACCUGGUGAACGACGGCAAGGGCAUCCCCAGCUCUGUCUCCGUCAAGUUCCGGUACGCCUGGGACAGAGCCUUCAAGAUGUCUACUGCAAGCCUGCAAGUGAAAUGCUGGGGAAUAGCUUGAAUCGAUAUGUGGAGGUCUCCAUUUUGGGAUAUCUGCUUCUUCUCCUGAGUCCUGGAAACGGCCUGGCACUCAAAAUCAAUCUUGAUGCACAAAGUUACAUGGAAAGAGGAGCUCGUCAAGUCAAACUAUCCACAAAUUUCCGGAUUCUGAUUUGCAAAUAUAUUUUUAUCUAUUUAUUCUGAUGCAGAGUGCUGCUGAGUUCACCAAAA